AAUUACAUUAGAUCACUUCCUGCACGUUGUCUCACUCGUUAAGAAUAAUGUCCGCGGACGGAGAAGAGAUCGAUAGACCAAGUUAUAAGGCCUUGGAGGAAGCCCUGAACUGUAUGAAGAAAGCUUACGAAAUCAUGAAAGGGGAGGCGUUGGAAGUUCAAAAAGAGAAGGAAGCCUUUGAUUCUGUCGCAAAGAAACUGGAACAUGUCAACUUUGCCUCUACUGUCAAGUUAAAUGUCGGCGGUCAGCUUUUCAGUACAAGCCUACAAACGCUGAAAAAGGAUCCAGGCUCAAUGUUACACGCCAUGUUUUCAGGAAGAUUUGACACAAAACCAGCUGAGGAUGGAACUUACUUCAUUGACCGCGAUGGAACACACUUCCGGUAUAUUCUAAACUACCUACGAACGGGGCGGCUCCUUGUGCCAGAGGAUCAAUUGGUGCAAAAAGAACUGCUAGAAGAAGCUGAGUUCUAUCAGAUUCGUGGAAUUAUCGAUGAAUUAUGUCCUCGACCAUUUUUAGAGUCCAACAUCCUAUCCGAUGAACAUAAGGACAUACUGGUGAACAGGUGGCUAACAGAUCAACUGAAGUCUCCUCACUCAACUUUCGUGCUGCUCUAUCGUGCUUCCCGCGAUGGAUGGUCAUCAACUACUUUCCACGCGCGUUGUGACGAGAGAGGGCCAACUGUGGUAGUGGUAAAAAGUGUGGACUGUUUGUUUGGAGGUUUCACAGAGCAGUCAUGGGAUAUUUCUGGUAACUACAAAUACUGCAAUGGGUCAUUCAUAUUUAGCUUUGUCAACCCAUCUGGUACUGGACCAACCAAACUGCCCCUAAAGCCUGAUCAAACGAAGUAUGGAAUAUACUGCAACGGUGGAUAUGGCCCAACCUUUGGAAGCUCACAUGACUUAACCAUCUGCAAUGAAGCAAAUUCAACCACCAACAGUUACAGUUCCUUGGGAAAUACUUAUGAAUGCCCACCUCACAUCACUCCUUCUACAUUUCUGACUGGUAACAAGAAUUUUACUGCUAGUGAGCUAGAAGUAUUUGGCCUCAAACAAUGGGCAUAAAUUUUAAUUCAAGGUUGACUUUGCUUGUGAAAGUGGUAUGGUCAAACUGUUGUUUAGAAAUAUUUAGAAUAAAGUAUUAUGGAUGCAAUUUUUCACUAUGCAAUUAGCAAAUAAAAACAACUUCACCAAAAAAAUAAAUAAAUAAAUAAACAAAAUAUAAAUACCACAAGAGAUAUUUUUUGCCUUCAACACAUGCAUCAGGACUUUUUGUGGUUCUUGGGGGAUGGUAUCCCAUGAUUUGUCUUGAGAAAGAUUUAGAUUGUAAGUUAGGUCGUAAAUGUUUUACUUGAUAAUUGCAGGCUGAAGAGAAUCUUAAUAUAUAAUUGUGAUUAGGUGUCUCUUUUGAGCAAUUAGAAAGAUUAGUAAUAUUCAUAAGUAACAUCGUGCAUUUCAACUGAAAAAGAUUCAAAAUAAGCAUAUUCACUUUGAUAUAGUAUUGGAGGAGAGGAAAAGAGGAAUCAUCUGACAAGUGACCUAUAAGGUGCAACAUGUCUAUGAGGCAAAGGGCAUGCUUUUGUAAAACCAGAACUUAAUCAAUUAAAGUCUGUGGGGCUUCCUGGAGCCUGAAUGCAUAAAGCAAUGUAGUAGGAUAAAUAAGGGAAGCAGUCAAAAUGAACUGAACUUUUCGCAAACAAGUUUAUAAGUAGGCUCACUGAUUUGAUCUUUCAUAUAUCAGAUCUUUGAGUAACGCACCUUAAGUGGCAAAUUAUUCUGAACCUGUAAAUUUAUGAAAUGUGUAAGAUCCUUGCAUAGCUUCCAAUAAACAUUACUAAAUAG